AUGUCUAAUUUAGAUAAUGUUAUUGAUUUGAAUGUGUGCGAAAAUGCAACAUUAGGCAUAGGCGAGAAAAUUAUUGUCAAAGGUUUGAUGAUGCCAGACAGGUUCAUUCUUCCUGGAAUGGAUUCUAGCUUUGAUUUGAAGUCAUUCUGUUUGGCUGAAGACAGAGAUAAAGAAACUCUUAGUCACCAAUUUAUUCUGUCUGAAAGCUAUUUGAUGAAAUGCUCAAUUCAGUUAAGUGCUGGAUGCACAAUUGUGAUUGCGUCGGAUUCGUCGCGUGACAUGAGACAUGUGUUCCUCAAGGGAUAUCUCAUGGUUAUGAGUUAUAAUCUAGCAUUUACAUCCAAUAUUGUGAAGUAUCAAUACAAUAAAAUUGCAUCUGUGAAGGUUAGGGACAGGAGAUUUUUUGAUAAAGAGGAUUACAUUAUGAAGAAUAAAGUUGUUGUUGAUUCUUGUUAUUUUACCAAUGAGGAGAUGUGGGUGCUUGUUGAAAUGUGUGAUGUCUACCCGAAAAAGCGUUUUGGAGAACCCAACAUUUACAACAAUCUGGUGUUGGAUAAGGAUGAUCUUCUUGUCUUUGCUGACAAUGAGAAUGUCAAUUUCGGUUCGCCGCCUGUGUAUGGCAACCCUGAAAGACUAUGGAAUAAUAUAGUGAAUAUAGCCAUUAAAAUGGGCGUUGUGGAUGAUUUGUGUGAGAUUGUUGCUGGAAUGAGGGGUUUGCCUUAUUUUUUGCGUGAGGCAAACACGCUUACGGGAAAAAGUUGUUUCCUCUUAGACUUUCCUUUGAGUUACUCGCCCACUCUUGGUUUGGAGAGGGUAACAACUUUACCCUCCAUGCAAGGAUUUAUCGGGCACAGUGGUUACUAUGGUUCUAGCAAAUGUUUGGUUGCAGAUCUUCAACUCGGGCAGAUGAUGUUGAUGAGUUUGUUUAACAUCAUUGAGCAACUGGGUGCUAUUGGCAUUAUUGGCGUACCUAGUGGAAAUGUGAGAACUGACCCCUUUUUUCAGUCGUCUAAAGGAAUGGGGGCUCAAGAGCGAUAA